ACAUAUUUUUGUAAAAUGCCUUCGAUAACCGCCAUUCCUAAAUCGGGAGUUGAAGAAACAAUUCCCGCCUGGUUGAAGUUCGAUUGGAGUCCAGAGAUACAGCAUGGAAUCUAUAGAGACUGGGGAACAUACUAUGCACAACGGCGACAGCUUAGUAAUGCCAUGGACUGCUUAACCAAGGCUAUGGAGCUAGAUGAUACUGACUUCAUGUCUAUCUAUAAUCGGAGCCAGGUCCAACGUAUGGCUGCACGGAUCGAAGGAGCACUAGCUGAUGCCUCACUUGCUGCACAAAUGGCAAAACAGCAGCGAGUACCUAAUGCAGAUAUCAAUUUUGAAUUCUGCUGUGAUCUAUUUGAGCUUAACCAAUUGGAGAACAGCAAAGCCGGAAUGGCUAACAAUAUGCAAAUCUUUAAAGGCACCAAGUCCUUAAUUUUUCAGAAACGCCUUAUGCUGAUUGAUGAUGCGAUUAAGGAUUCUACUGGCAAGGCCAUGUCCUUGUUUCUGUUAAAAAAUCAAAAGUUGGUUGAACACGUUAAUGAAAUUAACCGAGCCAAAGCAGUUAUAGAUGAGCGUCCCUUAUGGAAGAAAUUAAAAGAGCAGGAAAAAUGUGAUAUACUCAGCAUACUAGAAGAUAAAAAAGAGAUUUUGUCUCCUCUUGAAAUCGAGCGUAGAAAGCGCGCCUUCAACGUACUUCAUCAGACCUUCACGAAUGAGAACUGGAUUGAUUUUAUCUUCAUGAAGGAGUUAAGAAAGAAUCCCAACUUGCUUAACGAUCAGUGCGUGCGUUCUAAAGACAUCUUGAAAAAAUUAGUUUUUGAGCAGUACCAAAUAAUUAGACAGUUUGUGAAAAUGCUUCAAACUCGAAGUCCCCUUUACUACGUCAAUUACUUAAAAUAUGGAAACACGGCGAUGCUGGAGAAAAAUAAGGAGGCAUAUCUAUUCAGGAAGCAGUAUCAAAUACAGCGGAAUAUGUUUGAAAGUCUUAGGCAAAUUCGUAAGCUACGCAAAGAAAAAAGAGUCCAGGCUCUGCUCAAAUAUGUUGAAAAAAUAAUGGGUGAAUAUUAUGUCACAAAAACGAAUCGAGUCAUGUGCUGGAAAUUUGAAUUCAUAAAUGAGGUUUACAAUACUCUGGCUUUGGCACUAUCUGAACAGUAUUCAAUUCCGAAAAAUUUUAAAUCUAGUAAUUCGGCAAUGUUGCAAUUAUUACAUUUGCCGUCGGAUAAGAUAAAGGAUGUGGUACCAUUUGUUUUUGGAGAUCGUUCUACUUACCAAGGAUCGGAAGAUGUAGAUAAUGUAGGACUAAAAUUUAGAAAACGAAUUACACAAAUGGAGAAUCGGCUUAGAUUUGCAAAGUUUUCUAUUGAGAAGACCUAUUUGUAUUAUCUGAUCUCAAAUAUUCAUUUAUCGCAAGGACGCUCUGACGAAUGUUAUUUAAAUGCUCGCAAAGCCAUGAAAGAAAGCAAAAAAUGCAAUAGCUUGAUUUGGACUUUUCUAAGUGUUCUUCAAAUCUUAAAGGCCAAUAUUAUUUUACAUAAAGUGGAACGUGUUGGAGAGGCCUUAGAGAUCGGUCUUCCCAUUGCCGAACAGCUUGGAUGUCCAAGGCUCAUUAAUUUUAUGGAAGUUUGCAUAUCGUGCAACGAGGAGGAAAUGAUUAAAAGAUCGAAUAGUGCUAUGUCAAGUCAUCGGGCCACAACUUGCUCUAUACCAGUUAUUUAUGUUUAACGCGACUGCAAAAAUAUUGUUAUUGUUUUAAGAUAAAUCAAGAGUGCAAUACUACUAGUACUGAAUAACCUUUAUUAUUAAAUAUUUAUUUACUAGUGAAA